AUGCCAAGCCGACAGAAGCAGCUCAUCUUGUCCAUCUCCGGGCUCGUCGGCUUCUCCUGCGCCCUGACGGCCGCGGUGGCCACCGGCCUGCCGUUCUGGCUCAAAGGGACCGUCCUGUGCCGGACCGGGGCCGAGCUGGUCAAUGCCACCGGAGCUGAGCUGGACAAGUUCCUGGGAGACCUGAGCUACGGCCUCUUCCACGGACAGAGGGUGAAGCAGUGCGGGCUGGGAGGGAGGCCGUCCCGCUUCUCAUUCUUCCCAGACCUGCUGAGCGCCAUCCCAGCGGGCCUCCAUGUCACCAUCAUCUUCUUCUGCGGUGUUGUCAUCCUCUUUUCCUCGGUGGCUACCGGCUUCUUCUUCUUCAACGCCUUUGGCAGACCGUACGAGACACUGCAAGGCCCCAUGGGACUUUACCUGUGGACGUUUAUUUGCUGUCUGUGUAGCUGUCUGGUGAUGAUCCUGUUUGCGUCGGAGGUGAAGCUCCGUCAUCUCUCCGAUCGGAUCGCCAACUUCAACGAGGUGAAUUUCGUCUUCCAGUCGUACAGCGAGCUCUACGACCGAUCCUUCUGGCUCUUCUUCCUCGUCUUCCUCCUCCAUGGACUCAACGUCCUGCUGAUCCGACUGGCGGGAAUCCAGUUUCCCUUCCAGGAAACCAAAGAGUCGGACCUGGGUGGGGGGGCGGCUGACCUUAUGUACUGA